GAGAGGAAGCAUAGGCUUGUAUGGUAAGCGGCAGUUGCGGUUUGUGUCACGUGCUGCUUCUGGUGUCUUUGCUCAGGCAUGGUACUUACAAUAGUAUCCAUCUUAAUUGCUGCCAUCCCUGUGGCCUACUGCUAUCCUACUGCCUUCCAAGACCUGGAGGAAAUUGGCACAAACAGAACCUCCAUCAAGUUCCUGGCUGUAGGAGACUGGGGUGGAGUGCCUUAUCCCCCCUACAUCACCGCCGUGCAGAAGGCUACAGCUCGAGAAAUGAGCAAAGUAGCAGAGCAGAUGGGAGCUGACUUUAUUCUGGCCCUUGGCGAUAACUUCUACUACAAAGGUGUGGACAGUGUGGAUUCCCCUCGGUUUGAGGACACCUUUGAGUCUGUGUACACUGCGAAGUCUCUCAAAGUCCCCUGGUACGUGCUUGCUGGCAAUCAUGACCAUGCAGGGAACGUCAAAGCCCAGAUCGAGUACAGCCAAAAAUCUGACCGAUGGCGAUUCCCCUCUUACUAUUAUGAGCUAAACUUCCACAUUCCCAACACGGGGAAGACGUUGACGAUCAUCAUGCUCGACACCAUAAUGCUGUGCGGCAACUCUGACGACUACGUGGACGAGAAGCCCAGAGGCCCCCUGUGUGCGGUGGAUGCCAACCGUCAGCUGACCUGGCUGCAGGAGAGACUGGCUCGCUCCAAGGCAGACUUCCUGUUGGUGGCCGGCCACUACCCUGUGUGGUCCGUGUCUGAACACGGGCCAACAGAGUGCCUUCUGAAAAGGCUUCAUCCCCUGCUCAUUAAAUACCAGGCCACUGCUUAUCUCUGCGGCCAUGACCACAAUCUGCAGUACAUUGAAGAGUCUGGUGUGGGCUACGUGGUGAGCGGUGCUGGAAACUUCCUGGAUCCCGAUGUCCGUCACUGGAACCAUGUUCCCAAAGGUUCUGUGAAGUUCUUCACCGGCCAAGCUUCAACACUGGGAGGCUUCGUCCAUGCGGAAGUCACAAAGGACAAGAUGGUUGUGACCUUCUUCCAGGCUAAAGGCACUUCUCUCUAUCGCACUGUCCUCUCCCAAAGGAACUUUGAGUAGACUAGCUAACCACUGGAGAGGUCAGCUUGUCAGUUACAUACAGUAUUAGUCUGCAGUGUAGAGAUCAAAGUAAUUGCUGUUAAUCCUGUCUUUUUUUAUUAUUUUUUUAAAUCUUGGCAUUAAUAUUUCAAAGCACUUGAGGUAUGUUUUUAAAAAAAAAUCAACUAGUUUUACAUGUAAAUUCAUUGUAUGAUAAGUGAAUAAAUGUAGUUUGUAAAUUUGA